ACCAGGUCCAGCCUCCUUUGAAGCAUGAGUUCCCAGCAGAAGCAGCCUUGUACCCCACUGCCCCAAAUUCAGCAGCAGCAGGUGAAACAGUCCUGCCAGCCUCCACCCCAGGAGCCAUGUGCCCCCAAAACCAAGGAACCAUGCCACCCCAAGGCUCGAGAGCCCUGCCACCCCAAGACACCAGAGCCCUGCCACCCCAAGGCUACAGAGCCCUGCCACCCCAAGGCACCUGAGCCCUGCCACCCCAAGGCACCUGAGCCCUGCCACCCCAAGGCACCUGAGCCCUGCCACCCCAAGGUUCCUGAGCCCUGCCCCUCGACCGUCACUCCAGUGCCUGCUCAGCAGAAGACCAAGCAGAAGUAAUGUGCUCCACAGCUGCACCUUGUGGGGAGAGACCCCUGGGGUUGACCGCCGUUCCCAUCCUGCUAUGAGUCCCACUUGCUGUCAGCACAGUCAGCCCGAGUCCUGGCCCCACCUUCUUUGUACCCUUUGUACAGUCUCUCUGGAGGCCCCUGAGCCCCUGAAUAAGGCUGACGUUCU